CAGAGUUGCUGAUGCUUGGGCUUCAUUUGGCCGUUGCUUCCACUCAACGGGCAAUGACAGCGAACCUGCUCCACGGCAACACUUACGGUGCGGAUUGCUGUCUUGUCUUGAACAACAGACAGCCAAGUGUGGCAUACAAGACAAUCGAAGGACACUAGCCAGGUGGUACGAGUACCAACAAUGCAUGCCAUGAGGCAAGCAGGUAGUUUCAAGAAAGGCUAUCGCCGAGUAACUUUUGUUCUUGAACUCUUGCUGUGGCUCGUUUUCGUGGAUGCACGUAGCCAUCUUCAAGGAAGUGAUCGACAUGAAGAGCACGAAGGACCAACAAUAGCAAGACAACUGGAUGUGGACACUGAUAUUCGAGGAGGAGGAGAGAGUGGUCCUAUUGAGUAUGUGGGGAUCUUUCAGGAUGUCUCUGAGGUUUGUAGCUGCACACUAAUCCACUCCGACAUUGCCCUGACAGCAGCCCACUGCGUGGAUGGAGAUUUUCCACCCAUGGUCCGCUUCAAUUCGUCCCAGCGAUUUGAAGGAGGGACAUUGGUAAAUAUAACGGGAGGAGAGCUACAUCCCUUGUGGGAUGGAUCGUUCAGUAGUGGUUUUGAUAUUGCCAUUAUGAAACUAUCUGCUCCGACAUCGCUAGCUGUAUGUUGGUUGAACGACAAUGUCAAAGUUCCAUCGUUCACUGGUGAACCCCUCUUUGCCGCGGGAUUUGGAUUCACCAACACGGGGUCCGGUUUGUCCAUGACACUUCAGUCCACUACCAUGCCCUACAUUAAGGAUUGUACGAACCUUUCCAGCAACUAUCAAAGGGAACGGCAUAUUUGUGCCAAUUCGACACUGACUGCCACUUGCGGUGGAGACUCGGGAACUGGGAUAUUCAUAAAUGGAACCGACAUACAGAUUGGCAUCAACUCCUUUUCCAAUGGACGUUGUGAUGACCAAACGCUAGAUUUUUACACCCGAGUCAGUUUCUUUUACAAAUGGAUCCAAAGUGGCAUCUGUGACUUUUCCAGUGAUCCACCGGCGGAAUGCCCUACUCCCAUGCCUUCUGUCAUGCCCACACCAGCACCGUCGUCGUCACCGCCCACCUGUCACUCGUCCUUUUCGGAAAAGGUUCAGGCGACACGAGACGCCAUCUUUGAAUUCUGGUAUGCUCUGGAACAACAAGCUGCAGAACUUUUAGUGACACCAUGAGUUGAUUGCAAUUGAUGGGAUUAUGGAUUCCGAGCAAUUUGCCUAUUGGAAAACCUACGCACCACAAGCCUACAACCUGGUAGUAGAGCAAGGUGACAGCCCUGAGAGCAUUUAGUUUUGGCGGUUUGCAAAGUCUGGUAGAAGCGAUAAGUCGAGAGGCUCUGGAGACGCACACGGCAAACUUGCUCGUAUUGUUCAUUCAAAACCAUGAAUGACUCCUCGGCCGUUGCAUUUGCUAGUUGCCACAGCUAACGGCGGCGUCUCCACUCGAAAAGACCACCGAAUGAUAUGCCUGACUGGCACUGACAAACGAAGUCAAUCUCAGGCACAACAAGUCAUGAGAACUUAGCAUUGAUGGUACAGCAAACGCAUGAAAAACAAGACGGGCAGAAAGAUGGCUUGACAUCGUCGAAUUAGUAUUAGUGACUCUCUAACCAGCUAGUACUGAUUGUUAUUCCUU